GCGCCGGGCUGCAGCGGCGCCAGCAGGGCCCGAGUCGGAGCUGCCGCCGCGAUGAGUGCGGUGUCGGAGCCCCCGGCGGCCCCGGGCGCCCUGGAGAAGCCGCCCGGCUCGGCCAUCCUGUGCACCACGUGCGGGAGCGUGUGCAGGGGCGAGGUGCUGCGGGUGCAGAGCAAGUACUUCCACCUCAAGUGCUUCGUCUGCAAAGUGUGCGGCUGCGACCUGGCCGAGGGCGGCUUCUUCGUGCGCCAGGGCCAGCACAUCUGCACUCGGGACUACCAGCGUCUGUACGGCACCCGCUGCUUCGCCUGCGACCGCUUCAUCGAGGGCGAGGUGGUGUCGGCGCUGGGCAGGACCUACCACCCCGACUGCUUCGUGUGCGCCGCCUGCCGGUUGCCCUUCCCGCCCGGGGACCGAGUGACCUUCAACGGGAAGGAAUGCAUGUGCCAGAAGUGUUCCCUGCCCAAGUCCGCGGGUGGCAGCGCGCAACUGUCCCAGGGCCUCUGGAGCUGUGGGGGCUGCGGCGCGGAAAUCGGAAACGGCCGGUCCCUGGUGGCCCUGGAUCGGCACUGGCACCUGGGCUGCUUCAGGUGCAAGACCUGCGGGAAGGAGCUGAACGCCGAGUACAUCAGCAGGGACGGGCUGCCCUACUGCGAGGCCGACUACCACGCCGAGUUCGGCAUCCGCUGCGACGGCUGCGGGAAGUACAUCACGGGGCACGUGCUGGAGGCGGGCGAGAAGCACUACCACCCGCUGUGCGCGCUCUGCGUCAGGUGCGGCCGGAUGUUCGCCGAGGGCGAGGAGAUGUACCUCCAAGGCUCCUCCAUCUGGCACCCGGCCUGCCGACAAGCAGCCAGGACUGAGGACAAGAGCAAGGAGACCAGGACGUCCUCCGAGAGCAUCAUCUCCGUGCCGGCGUCCAGCACCUCGGGGUCCCCCAGCCGCGUCAUCUACGCGAGGCUGGGUGACGAGAUCCUGGACUACAGAGACCUGGCUGCCCUGCCCAAGAGCAAGGCCAUCUACAACAUCGACCGCCCCGACAUGAUCUCCUACUCGCCCUACGUCAGCCACGCGGGAGACCGGCAGAGCUGCCUGGAGUCGCCCCAGUUGCUCUCGCCAACGCCGAUCGAGGGCGACCAGGACGACCGCUCCUCCCGGCAGUGCCGCACCUCCAGCCCCAGCUCCGCCGGGUCGGUCAGCCUUGGGCGCUACACCCCGACCUCACGGUCGCCCCAGCACUACAGCCGGCCAGCUGGUACUGUGAGUGUUGGUACCAGUAGCUGCCUGUCCCUGUCCCAACACCCAAGCCCUACGUCCGUGUUCAGGCACCAUUACAUCCCCUACUUCCGAGGCAGCGAAAGCGGCCGGAGCACCCCCAGCCUCUCGGUGCUGUCCGACAGCAGGCCGCCCGCCACCUACCAGCAGGCGCCGCGCCACUUCCACGUCCCAGACACCGGCGUCAGAGAUAACAUCUACCGGAAGCCCCCCAUCUACAAGCAGCAUGCCGCGAGGCGCCUGGAUGGGGAGGACGGCAGUUCCGACCAGGACGGCAGGAAGCAGAAGAGCAGCUGGCUGAUUCUCCAGGGCGACGCGGACACCAGGACCACCUCGCCCGACCGGGACAGCCAGUCUCUGUCCCACAGCAGCGGGGCCGACCGCGACCCUCUCCCGACGGGCCCGGGAGCCGGCUUCUACUCACGGUCCCCCUAUUCCAAAUCUGACCCUCUCCCAGGACACGGAAAGAAUGGCUUGGACCACCGGAACGCCAAUCUGGCGCCUUGUGGAGCAGACCCGGAUGCCAGCUGGGGCACGCGAGAAUACAAGGUCUAUCCCUAUGACGCCCUCAUCGUCACAAACCGAAUCCGCGUGAAGCUGCCCAAAGACGUGGACCGGACGAGACUGGAGAGACACCUGUCGCCCGCCGAGUUCCAGGAGGUGUUCGGGAUGAGCGUGGAGGAGUUCGACCGCCUGGCGCUCUGGAAGCGGAACGACCUCAAGAAGAAGGCCCUGCUGUUCUGAUGGCGCCGGCGGCCGCUGGCUCCGGCUCCUCUGUGCCCACGGGGCGGGCGGGCGGCGCCUGGGCGGGUGGGGCCCGCGGGGGCGGGGGCAGGAGCAGGUCCCACAGCGCAGCCGAGCACCUGAGACCCUCCUGCCUGUAGCCCAGGGCCCUGGCGCCGGCUGUGCACCGCCCUCCCCCGGUGCUGGCACCAGCGAGAUGCUGCAGAGCUGCUGUCCCCGUUGGGGGGGGGGGGGGGGGCGGGCGUUUAGACAGCAAGCCCGCCUCCCCGGCUCUGGGGGCAUGAGGGGACCAGGACGGGGAUCCGAGGAGGCUUGUCCGGGACAGGCCCGGCACCAUCGCCGGGGGGAGGGUGGGGGGCACAGGCCUCCAGUGUCCGCUGGCCCCGGAGGGCACUGGCUCGUGGCCUGCAGCCGGGGGUCCCAGGGCGGUGCCAAGUGUGGGGGGACGGGCGUUGCCGCUGGGUGUGCACAGGGUCUCCUCCAGGCCCUCGUGCCCUCACGGCUCUCCCACGUCCCCCCAGAUGCCUAAAGGAUGUCUGUACAGGAACACAAAGCUUUAUUUUGCUAAGAAGCUCGCCCGCGGGCCCUGAGGCCACAGGGUAAAGACUGGGGGGCCCAGCCUCGGCCCCGCCCUCCGCGCUGGGUGGUCUCCGUGCUCCGUGUCCCUCGCACAUGGACUCCUCGAAUGUUUUCUUUUGCGUCUCUUUCUUUCGUACCUGUCACACGGUCCCCCGAAAGGCCGCCCCCCCCCCAAUAAUUCUGUGUGUCAGUGCGUGUGACGUCCACGUCCACGGCGAUUUCCUCGCUGUUAUUCUCCACGUCUCGGGGCGGAUCCGCCUCCCCGGCGGCCAGGGCCCGGGUUCGGGACUUCCGUGUACUCGGCCCGACGCCCCGUGUGGCUUUUUGGUGACAUGGCCAGCAGUGCCCCACCUCCCCACAGAGAACACACACGUGGCCCCGGAGCGAUGCCUCGUGGGUGGUCCUGGGACGGACACUGACCCUCGGGGCAGAGGCUGCGGCACUGAGAGGCGCGGGCUGUCCCCGGGGCUGGGUGGUCCGUGUCACCAUGUCUGUGAAGGGCCUCGAUGGCCUGUGGAAACCAGCCAGGCAUCGCCCACGUCUGUUCCCGGCGUCCCGUGGAGCCGCACCCCUGUGUCCUGGCCAUCCCGCCCGUGAGUCAGCCUUGCUCAGCUUCCUCCCAGCCCCGCACACGCCAGGCCGGUGGCGCCCGGCUCCCGCCAGCCCGGCUCGGCCAGGGAAGGGGAAAUUCUAGCACCUAACACGCUUCCGUCCACUCAGCGGUCUGAGCCCGAGCCACUGGAAAUCCCCGUCUCCGCCUCCGUGCGAUGGAUGUGAGGCCGCCGGGAACCGGAAAUAAAGGACGGUGUAUUCUAA